CGUUAAAAUGUUGCUUUCAGCAUAAUGUUAGUUUUUAUCACUGCAUUGAAACGUAGAAAGACGUUUAUGUAAAUUUCAGAUAUGUUUUAUUGUACUGAAUUUGUCAUUCUCCAGAGUGCUCUUCAACUGGUUGAAAAACAGGAAAAAUUGUCCAUUGGCAAGGCUAAAGUCAAUCAACCAGUGUGUAUAGUAAAACUAGCCGUAGAGGAGAUUGUGAGGGGACUGGAAGAGGACAAUGAGCCAGAGGAUAAGCUUUGGUGGAGUAAGAGGGUUCAUUCCGUGAUUUUGUACAAGGUUCAGGCUUCACAUUAUAAGAAAUUGCCAGAUGAGGCCACUGCUUGCUCAGUGCAGGAGGUUACAGACAUCUUCCAAGAUGGAUGGAUGGAACCAAAAAAGGUUGACAGUCAAGAUGUCUUGUCAGACAUUUUGCCCUCUAUCAGCAGGUCGCUGUACUUCAGUCUUGUGAAGGAGUGCUGCUGGCAUGGAUUCCUGACAGAGAUUGUUACAUUUGUUUCUAAUGCUGCUUGUGAUGGAGAUACAAUCAUUUUCUGA